UUGUCCGACAGCGUCAUUGAUCGGAUGAAGGAACCUUCCUCGCCCAGUGGGAGACAGCACCGACCUGCAGUUAAUGAUGAAGAGCUGAAGAAAAGAAUAGCUGAAGAACUGGCACUAGAACGAGCCAGGAGAGACUCUGAAGCUCAAAAGAGGAGGUUGAAACAAGAACAAAUGUAUGUUCGGGAUGAGUUUGGGAAACUUCUGGAGCGGGAAAGGAUCUCCUCGAAUGAGCACCUGACGCGAGCGAUCCUGCGGGAGCGCGCGGCCACGGAGGAGGAGAGGCAGAAGGCUCAGCGCUUCGCCAAGCAGCUGGAAGAGAAGGACAGAGAGCUGAGGAAACAUGAUGCCUACUACAAAGAGCAACUGGCUCGGCUGGAGGAGAGGAGUGCUCAGUUCUACAAAGUCACCACGGAGCAAUACCAAAAAGCUGCUGAUGAAGUCUCAGCUCGGUUCAAGCGCUAUGAGUCUCACCCGAUCUGUGCUGAUCUGCAGGAUAAGAUCCUCCAGUGUUACCGGCAGCACGCUCAGGAGACUCUCAGCUGCUCUGCCCUGGCCAGCCAGUACCUGCACUGUGUCAACCAUGCCAAACAGCAGAGCAUGCUCGGCAGAGGAGGAUAAAGGCAAUGUCCAAAUCAAGCACAAGACCAUCAACUAAUUCCAGCAGAAGAGCUUUUUUCUUCCCCCCAAGAAUGAUAUGACAGCCCAUUUGCAGGGCAGGCCAAUAAAGAGAAGACCUGGAAGAGCCAUUUCAAGGGCAGCAACCAUCCCAGCUCAAUCAGUGUGACCAUUUGAAAAGCCAAGACCUGGAUCUUAUUACUUCGGAAAUGGCACAUCGGAGGUACUGAGCGAAACCCUCUUAUUGGUGAUUGAAG